UAUCUUUGAGCGGUUUCGGGGAAUACUUCAUGAAGGAGAAAUUGACAAGAGGGUCCAGUUCUUAAUUGAAGGCCUUUUUGCAAUAAGAAAGGCCAAAUUUCAGGGUUACCCAGCUGUCCGCCCAGAACUGGACCUUGUGGAGCAAGAAGAUCAGCUAACUCAUGAGUUAUCCCUUGAUGAUGAGAUCGAUCCACAGAUUACUCUAGAUAUUUUUAAGCCGGAUCCAAAUUUUCUGGAGAAUGAGAAGCGUUUUGAGGAGUUGAAGAAAAAUAUACUUGGGGAGGAUUCGUCAGAGGAUGAAGAAGGCUCGGAUGAAGGCACAGAUGAUGAGGAUGAUGAGGAUGAUGAAGAAGAGCAAGAAGAACAGAUGGAGAUAAAUGAUGAAACAGAGACAAAUCUUAUAAAUCUACGGAGGACUAUUUAUCUGACAAUCAUGUCAAGUGUUGAUUUCGAGGAGGCUGGUCAUAAGUUGUUAAAGAUCAAACUAGAGCCAGGGCAAGAGAUGGAGUUGUGCAUCAUGCUGCUGGAAUGCUGCAGUCAAGAGAGAACAUAUCUCCGAUAUUAUGGUCUCUUAGGACAGAGAUUUUGCAUGAUCAACAAAAUUCACCAGGAAAAUUUUGAGAAAUGCUUCGUCCAACAAUAUUCAAUGAUUCACAGGCUUGAAACUAAUAAAUUGCGUAAUGUUGCCAAGUUUUUUGCUCAUCUACUCGGAACGGAUGCUCUACCCUGGCAUGUUUUGUCCUAUAUACGUUUGACUGAGGAGGACACGACAUCGUCAUCACGUAUUUUUAUUAAAAUUCUCUUCCAGGAAUUGUCUGAACACCUUGGAAUUCGGUUGCUGAAUGAGCGCCUUUCAGAUCCUGCCAUGCAAGAAUCUUUCGAGUCUAUUUUCCCGAAAGAUAACCCGAAGAACACAAGAUUUUCGAUUAACUUUUUUACUUCCAUUGGACUGGGUGGUAUAACAGAAAAUCUGCGUGACUACUUGAAGAACAUGCCUAGAUUAAUUAUGCAACAGCAGAAGGCAGUCUCAGAAUCAGAAUCGGAAUCUGAUUCUGGGAGUUCAGGUUCCUCCGAGUCUGAUGACACUAAAUCUGAAUCUGAGGCAUCGAGUGGUACUGACUCUGAAAGUGAAAGGGCUAAGAGACGCCACAAAUGCCGCAGGAGAGAUUGAGGAUCCUUCAGGAGUGGCUUUGAGGUCAGAGAGUAGAUGCAUUGGCAAAGGUAUUUGUAGAAGCUAAAACUGCUUACCCGGGUGCGGCUUUCUAGCCUGAUUUCUAUUUUAUGUCAAGAUUGUAUCUUUUGUAACUUGUAUGAUGGUGUAUGUCAUUUGUUCUUCUUAGAAUGUAGGUUUUUUUAAAAAAUUUUUUUAUUAUGUUUUAUUUUGACAUGAAGCCUUUUAGAAUCUAGUUUUUCGAGGGAGCCUUUGAGAAUGUAGCUGGUUGAGCAGUUUGUCCCUUUAUCACAAGCCAUCUAAUAAACAGCACUAGGGAUAUUCAAUUUGA